UCACAGGCCUGGAACAAAUAAGAGAGCGCUCGAGCCAAGGCUCAGGACCACUCUGUCUCAGGACUUUGGCCUCUUUUUUUCGUUCCUCUCCUGCAUCUCCAGCUCUCCAACAUGACCGAGUUCACAGCGGAUCAAAUUGAGGACUUCAAAGAGGCCUUUGGUCUCUUCGACAGAAUUGGUGACAGCCAGGUGGCCUACAACCAGGUGGCCGACAUUAUGCGCGCUCUGGGCCAGAACCCCACCAACAAGGAUGUCAUCAAGAUCCUGGGCAACCCCACCGCAGAUGACAUGGCCAACAAGAGGAUCAACUUUGACACCUUCCUGCCCAUGCUGAAACAGGUGGACGCUCUGCCCAAGGGUACCUAUGACGACUAUGUUGAGGGUCUGCGCGUCUUUGACAAGGAGGGCAACGGCACCGUCAUGGGUGCUGAACUGCGCAUUGUGCUGUCCACCCUGGGAGAGAAGUUGAACGAGAGCGAGAUUGAUGCCCUCAUGGCCGGCCAGGAGGAUGAGAACGGCAGUGUGCACUACGAGGCAUUCGUCAAGCACAUCAUGUCUGUGUAAGCAGCACGCAGCAGGAGCGUGUUCAGGACAUCGGACACUGUGAGGAAGACCAACAAGAAAAGACAAGGACUUUGUUCAAGGGAUGUUGAAGCGAACCCAACUUGUUUUAUUUUGUUUUCCUUUCCGUUUCAACCCUCCUCUCUCGCGACAUCCCCUUUCCAGUGUAGACCACAUCACUCACAACCCACCGGGGGCGUGUCUCCACUCGCCGCAUGAGGUGAGGAAACGGGGGAGCAGGGGUGACCGCUCAUCAAGUGAGGGUUGAUCCCACCCUUCCCACCGCCACCUCAUUCAGUCGAGCCAUCACUGGCCCAGUAGUGCCAAAGGUCCUGGACAAAGGCAGCGGACUGACCGCCAAAGUGUCCCACCUCCCUGAAAACAGUUAUUUAUUUUCAUUCUGUUCACUGCAGAAUAAACUUUUCCAAAGUACA